UGAAGGAAGGUGCAGCAGAAUGCUGAUAGCGGGAAAAUAUGAGGCAAGCCAUACCCAAAAUGGCGAGUGCGCGCUCCGUUGGUAGCUUCACGAGCUUACCCUAUCGGCCCCGCGAUGCUUCCAGCGUUUUCCGGCCACGGAGGACGGUGGUUCAGUCGAGAAUGGGAGGGUCUGGAUUCUUUUUCAGGGAUACGAAAUGUCGCCUUCUUCACAGCAAAACUGCUACAUCAGCUAUGGACAAUGAAUAUUCCUCGCGCAAGCUUACCCAUAGCUCACAGGUUGUCCAAUUUGGUGGUGAAGAUUUCGUGGCGAGAUUAUUGGACCGACAAUGGGCGUUGGCUAACCCUGAUUCCAAAAUAAACAAAGUUAUUCUAUCAACUGAAGAUACAAAUCUUGAAGAUUCACCAGCCAAUCACUCGUGCUUGGCAGUAGAUACUAAUAUUUGUACGUAUAAUGAUCUGUCGAGAGCAAAUGCUUCAGAGCAGUCAUUCUAUGUUGUUAGGGAUGAUUUGUUGCAUCCGCUGAUAAAUGGCAACAAGGCGAGAAAACUAGAUGGAUUUCUACCUCUUAUUGAAGAUAAUUUAGUGACGGAUGUGGUUACAUGUGGGGGUUGUCAAAGUGCACAUGCAGCUGCUACUGCUGUUUUAUGUGCAGAGAGAGGUCUGAGAUCACAUUUACUUCUACGAGGGGAGCAACCAGAACUCUUAACUGGAUACAACUUAAUGUCAACAAUAUAUGGAAACGUCACUUAUGUUCCCAGAUCUAUUUAUGCCAACAGGGAAAAAAUGCUCAAGACUCAAGCUGAGUUAGUGGCAGGAAGUAGUGGUAGUAUCUUAUGGUUCGAUGAUGUUUUUCAAUCUUCUAUCAUGAAGCAACCGUGUUCUACUACAAAUUCUCUGCCAGUUGAUUAUGAUUUUCAUAUAAGGGCUAGAAAGUAUGAAAGAAAGGUUGUAGUUAUCAAUGAAGGAGCUGGAGAUUCAAUUGCCUUGCUAGGUUUAAUUCGAUUGGUGAACUACCUUUCUCAGGAUCAUUUACUUGGGAAACAGAGAGCUAUUAAGUUUGUCGUUGAUGCCGGUACUGGGACGACUGCUAUCGGUUUGGGUCUUGGAGCUCUAUGUUUAGGGCUCCCGUGGGAGGUAACAGCAGUGAUGCUGGCUGAUAGAAUUGAUGGGUAUAAGCGGCAGGAGAAGCGUUUAAUUUCUGAAUUCAAGAAGCAUUUUGGCUAUCCUAUUGGCCUAGGCGAGGAUGAAGUAAAUGGCGGAAUUGUAAAUUGGGUAGAGCGUUUCCGUCCAAGAAAAUUUGGCAAUGUGCUGGAUGGUGAAGUGGAGAUAUGCAAACAAAUUGCUCAGGAAACCGGUAUUCUUGUUGAUCCUAUUUACACUCUAGCUGCUUGGGAAAUGGCUACUUUUCUUUCUCAAAAGGGAGCCAAAGUGAAAGCAGAUGUGGUGAUGCUUCACACUGGUGGUACCCUAGGCAUGUUUGGAAUAGCUCAAAGGUAUAAAUCUUACUUUAACAACCUCAAAAAUGUUUAACAAUUGUAGAAUAAUAAGUCAAGUUUUAUAAAAACAAUUGAGCUCUAUCCUUUAA